AUUGAAUUUUGGUGUAAACAUGGAGGCGAGCUACUGUAUCUGGAUGAGGCAACUUAAAAUGGCCACCACCGUCUUCCGCCGCACCACCACCACCGCUUCACUCUCAUCCUUAAUCAUCCGGCUACCUUCUUCGAAACCAAUUCUCUCUCAUCUUUUUCACCACCACCACCACCGCCGCCGCCGCUCAAUUUCAACAUCUGCAACUUCUCCGUCUCAGUCUCCGCUUUCCCAAACCCUAAACCAUUCAUGUUCCUCCAAUUCAGGAGUUGAAGAUGGUGAAUUGAAUCUCAGUGACUCCCAGAAGGUUAUUCUGAAAGGAAUGAGAUACAAAGAAUUUCAAAAUUGGGUCACUUCACAAGGAUAUAGACCCGCUCAAGCUUUAAUGUUAUGGAAACUGCUUUACGGGAACAAUUCAAAGAGUAUUUGGGCACAUUCAUGUGAAGAAUUAGAAGGUUUAAACAAAGAUCUUAUGAUGAUGUUGAGUAAACGUGCUAAGCUGAAGGCAUUACAAGUAAAAGAUAUCAUUACAGCCUCCGAUGGCACUAGGAAGAUUCUGUUUACAUUGGAUGAUGGAUUGGUAAUAGAGACGGUCAUAAUACCUAAUGGUGAUAGGGGGAGGAACACAGUUUGCGUUUCAAGUCAAGUGGGUUGCGCAAUGAAUUGUCAAUUCUGCUUCACUGGCAGGAUGGGUUUGCGGAGAAAUCUAACCGCAGCUGAAAUAGUAGAACAAGCGGUCUUUGCACAACGCCUGUUUACAAGUGAAGUUGGCUCCAUCAGAAAUGUUGUUUUCAUGGGUAUGGGAGAACCGCUUCAAAACAUCGAAAAUGUGAUAACAGCUGCGGAUAUAAUGGUUGAUGAACAAGGGCUUCAUUUCAGCCCGAAUAAAGUUACCAUUUCAACAAGCGGGCUUGUACCCCAGAUAAAACAGUUUCUUCGUGAGUCUAAAUGUGCAUUGGCUGUUAGUUUGAAUGCUACAACUGAUGAAGUUAGGAACUGGAUUAUGCCCAUUAAUCGGAAGUAUAAUUUGAAAUUACUUCUUGAUACUCUUCGCCAAGAACUCAGCUUGAAGCAUAAAUACAAAGUUUUAUUUGAAUACGUGUUGCUUGCUGGAGUCAACGACAGCAUUGAUGAUGCAAAGAGGAUAAUUGAUCUUGUAAAGGGCAUUCCUUGUAAAAUAAACCUCCUGACAUUCAACCCGCAUAGUGGGUCCCACUUCCAACCCUCCACAAUCGAGAAAAUGAUCGAGUUUAGAAACACACUGGCUGAAGGCGGUUGUGUUGUGUUCAUGAGGCCGAGUAGAGGUGAUGAUCAAAUGGCUGCGUGUGGUCAACUCGGCAACCCGGGUGAGUUACAAGCACCUUUGCUCAAAGUCCCACCGAGGUUUCAAACUUCGUUAGAGCCGUUGGUGUAACCGGAUUAACUUAUACGUCAUGUUUUAAGUGGCUUGGAGGAAUAUGAUAUUGAAGAAGAUUUUGAGUAUUUGUGUAAAUUUUGAUUUGUACUAUCCAGGUUUCUUGUUAUUUAUGGUCAUAAUAAUUAGAUCUAAAUAAUCAAAUAAUA